AUGGAGCACAACCACCUGACCAUAAAGACGUUUGUGACCAUCACGGCUGAGCGGGAUGCCGCGAUCCGCGAGCGCAACAUGGCCCUGGAGGAGCGCAAGCGCGCGUUUGCGGAGCGUGAUAUGGCCCUCCACCAGCGGGAUGCCGCCAUCGCCGAGCGCAACGUGGCCAUUCAGGAGCGGGACGAAGCCAUCCGCUUGCACCACAGCAGCACAGAAGCAGCAGCGGCUGCUGUAGACGAGAGCCCUAAGCCACAGCACAGGAGAGGGAAGCGGGCGAAGAGGGCUGCUGGCAAGAGGAGCAACUCUGCUUCGGUUUGUAAUUGGGAUGAGGAAGAAGAGCAGGGUUUCGGGAGUGAAGGGGGUGAGUCUUGGAAGGACAACUUGGGGCUGAAUCAAAUAAACUUCGACGAGUCGGCCAUGCCUGUGCCAGUGUGCACGUGCACGGGGUCUCCGCAGCCGUGCUACAGGUGGGGAAACGGCGGGUGGCAGUCGGCAUGCUGCACCACGGCAAUCUCAAUGUACCCGCUGCCCCAGGUAGCGAACAAGCGCUACUCAAGGGUCGGGGGAAGGAAGAUGAGUGGGGGUGCCUUUGGGAAGCUGCUCAAUCGACUGGCGGCAGAGGGUUACGACUUCUCGGCACCCCUUGACCUCAAGGACCACUGGGCCAAGCAUGGCACCAACCGCUACAGCACGCUCAAGUAG